GAAAUCCAAGCCUGUGCACGCGAGCCUCUGAAUGAGCUGCUCAUGGGAUUCGGGGUCCUUUUGCCGUCCCGCAACCUCUGUCUCGCCGAAGACCAAGGCAUCCGCUCCGCAUUCGAGCAGCAAGUCGAAGUUGCCGCCCAAACGUUCAACGCCCACGCCCUUCAAUCCAUCGCAGGCAUCAAGAUCAAGUGGACCACGUCUCUCUCCUGCCACCUGGAGUAUAACUCCACGACCCGCGAAAUAUCCGUCUAUCGCUUCGCAUCAUUCUGCCAGUUCUGCCUCGCCAGAUACCAAGGGGGCAAGGGCAGGGGAGUGCUCCACGCCUGUGCCACGACGAGCCGCUACAUGUGCCAGUGGGCGACCGAGGCUGACACCAAUCAGUUUCUCCUGGAGAUCCUCCGGUCGUAUCGCCUGUUAUUUGGCCAGAACAAACAGUCGCGCCGCCUGUUCCGAUCUAUCGAUCCCAAUCUCGGCCCCAACGGCAACAGCGGGCGGGACCCCCUCCUGUCGCAGCUAUGUGGCACUCGGCUUCUCGACCCGAACUUGCUAGAUCUUGGGGAGGAAGAGAGUCCGAUCGUAGAGAAAAAGACGUACUGUCUUCCGAUGGAUUUUCCAAUCCUGCGGUAUCGCCUGGUGGUCCUGUUGCGGUGCUUGGCGGCGACGGAGCCACGUGGGUGGCGACAGCUGUGGCGCGAUAAUCGCAAUUCCGCCAACUGGCUGACCUUUUGGGCGGUCAUUGCGUUCGGGGCGUUUGGGUCACUGAUGGCGCUGCUACAGGUAAUCUUGCAGGCGGUUCAGCUUUGUAUUUAA